AGCCUGAUGGAACACGCAUCACGAACCAAUCAGACGGUGGACUGGGCACGUCGUACGCAACGUGUCAUGAACUAAAAGGCAGGAAAGGAAAAUAAAAGAAAAGAAAAAGGAGGAAUAAAAAAGGGCAUGGGCGAUCGACCGAUGGAUCCAUAGAUCACGGCCGCGGCAUCAUCUCCGGCACCGGUCAAUAUCCCUCCUGUAGUACCCCUUACUUUCCUCUCGAUUUCGCGUUCCUGUCCUUGCUCGAUCUCUCCAUCCACAGUUUGCGUCCACCGGGAGACCCGGAUCUGUAGUCGGUGGAGGCGGAGACGAGGGUUAGGAGAUGAGGAAGAAGCUCGGCACACGAUUUCCCGCGCCACGAAUAAAGAAGAUAAUGCAAGCAGAUGAAGAUGUUGGCAAAAUUGCUUUGGCUGUACCUAUUCUUGUUUCAAAAGCUUUGGAGUUAUUCUUGCAAGAUCUUUGUGACAGGACGUAUGAAAUUACUCUUCAAAGGGGAGCCAAGACGUUGAAUUCUUCACACUUAAAACAAUGUGUGAAGGCUUAUAAUGCUUACGAUUUCUUAACCGGUGUUGUCAACAAGGUACCAAACCUUGGUGGCAUGGAACCUUGUGAAGAUGAAAAAGGAAUCUGUCGCAGAAGGAAGACAUUACCACAUGCUGGUGAAGUUGAGAGCAAUGAGGAGCUCCAUUUGAGGUCCUCCAAGAUGCCUAUGAGGAACUCUAAUGUCAGUCCUAGAGGACGUGGAAGAGGACGUGGAAGAGGUAGAGGACGACCACCUACGAAGGCAAGAGAUGCAAGGUACAUAAAAUAUGAGGACGACGACAUCACGUUUGGUGAACAUGAUGAGGAGAUCCCUUUGGGGCAGCCAGGGCAGCCUGAAGGAGCCGAAAAGGAGAACACUAAUCAAACUGUGGAUCCUUCAUCGAUGUCACUCGUAAGUGGAGCUGCGACAACAGCCAACGAGACUAAGCUAGAGAAGUGUUCAGCAUGGCCUCUUCCUGAUGGAGUGGGCGACAUUGGCUUUGAGCCAUCAAGACUUGUACAAUUAAACAUGCAGGUAGACGAAGACGAGGAUUAUGACAAUGAAGAUUAGAUAAUUUGAUUUAUCAAGUUGCUACUAACGAAGCCAUCUUGUUUUGUAUAUAAUUUUGCAUGGUGACACUGCACAUUUAGCAUAAAAUUUUGCUUUUUCCUUUUGAGUGGUGGUCUUGUUGAACUUCAUCAGACGAGAGGAGUGUCUCGUGGUUCUCGUCUCGCGGGUACAUGACGGCUGAUAUGUACCGAUAUCUGAUCAAGUAUCGAUAUUGAAACAUAUACACUUGAUGCUAGUACAAUGUUAUUAUUAUUUUUUUA